CUAAACGUGUUUAAUUUUUUUUUGUUCUGGUAAUUAAUCUGUGAAAAAGUAAAAUGGCUGCCGAAGUCUAAUGUUUGUGGUGAUGUUUUUCUGUUUCUAAAGUUAUUGGAAGUGUAUUUUGAGUGAAUUCUUUGCAAAAUGGGUCGGGGCCUAGUGUGCGAGUGCCUCGGCGCGGCCGCGUGCCCCGACGGCGCGGCUAACGGCACGUGCGUCACGCAGCCCGGCGGCUACUGCUUCGUGGCCGUCGAGGAGGUGCUCGACGACAAUGGACUCGUCGUCGUCGACCGGUCAGCGGGCUGCCUGCCUCCGGACGAGUCAGGAUUUAUGCAAUGCAAAAGCUCCCAAGUGCCACAUCAACACCCGAAGGUGAUAGAAUGCUGUUUCGAGAGCGACCUGUGCAACCGGCGGCUGUCCCCGCAGCUGCCGGAGCUGUCCCCCGACGUGACGGAGACGCCCGGGCUGCACGGCGGCGCCGCGGGCUCGCCCACCGUGCUGGUGGCGGCCGCGCUGUGCGUGGCGCUGCUGGCCGCGGCCGCCGCCUUCCUGCUGCUGUUCCGGCGCCGGCGCCGCGCGGGCAAGCGGCCCCCCCCGCCCGCGCCGCACGCCGCCGACGUGUCCUCGGGCUCCGGCUCCGGCCUGCCGCUGCUGGUGCAGCGCACCGUGGCCAAGCAGAUACAGAUGGUGGAGUCUAUUGGCAAAGGCCGGUACGGUGAGGUUUGGCUCGCGCGCUGGCGCGGCGAGCGAGUCGCCGUCAAAGUGUUCUUUACCACGGAAGAAGCUUCUUGGUUCCGCGAGACAGAAAUAUAUCAGACGGUGCUGAUGCGCCACGAAAACAUCCUCGGGUUCAUCGCGGCUGACAUCAAGGGCACGGGCUCGUGGACACAGAUGCUCCUCAUCACGGAUUACCACGAGAACGGCUCGCUGCACGACUACCUGCAGACCGUGGUACUCGACACGCACAGUCUCAUGACAAUGGCGUACUCUAUAGUGAGUGGGCUGGCGCAUUUACACAUGGACAUAUUCGGUACGAAGGGCAAGCCCGCCAUCGCACAUAGAGACAUAAAGAGUAAAAAUAUCCUCGUGAAGCGGAACGGUCAGUGCGCCAUCGCGGACUUCGGGCUGGCCGUGCGGUACGUGGCGGAGCGCAACGAGGUGGACAUCGCGCCCAACACGCGCGUGGGCACGCGCCGCUACAUGGCGCCCGAGGUGCUGGACGAGAAGCUGGACGUGAGCAACUUCGAGGCGUUCAAGAUGGCCGACAUGUACUCGCUGGGGCUCGUGCUGUGGGAGAUGUGCCGGCGGUGCUGCUCGGGCGACAAGGCGCAGCACGUGGAGGCGUACGCGCUGCCGUACCACGAGCUGGUGCCGCCCGACCCCAGCUUCGAGGACAUGCACCGCGUGGUGGUGGCGGCGGGCGCGCGGCCCCCGGUGCCGGCGCGCUGGCUGGGCGCGGAGCCGCUGAGCACGCUGGUGACGCUGAUGCACGAGUGCUGGCACGCCAACCCGCCCGUGCGGCUCACGGCGCUGCGCGUCAAGAAGACGCUCGCCAAGUACAACACCGAGACCACCGUCAAGCUCGUGUGACCGUGGACGGACUCGCCUAGUGUACGAUCCAAGUUUAGUUCCUCGAUAAUGUUCUAUUUAUUUACGAUUCACGUGAACUUCGAUAGUUGUAAAGGCCCGAUGUGAAAAUUCAGUUUGACCACCGUUUUGUUUUAAAUCUCAGUAUUGUUAAGUUUAUUCGGAUAGCAGCAGUUCGUGCCACCAGUGAAAUGAUACUGUAAUUAUAUAAUUAUGACUAACUUAUGAAUGUUCCCGAUGGAAUCUCUCCGCAACUGUAUGAUUUUGGUUUUAGUUUUGUUCUAAAAGUAAUGUUUUAUUUUAUUACUGUUACUUAGAUUUAGUGACGAAGUGUUUUAUAAUGAAAAUUUGUUGUCUUCCGUUUGUAUAAGCAAUGAAAGUGUUCGUUGAGGCAGCUUUGUUCUUGUUUCGAGUCGUUCGAGACGUGUAAAUAGUCGUGGAGCGGUAGGGAGGCAGCUAUACUAUACAUGUGAAACAAUACUCUGUUUCUGUUGUACAUGAGGCCACUGUCGCCAAGUACAAGGACUGCCGCAGUGGCCAAGCGACGUGUAUUGUGAUAUUUGGACAAUAAGACGCCCUUAUUAUCGUACAAAACAAAGAUUAUUUCAAAAUUAUUGAAGUAGCCAUAAAAUGCAUUUUUAUAUUCACAUGUUUGUCAGUACAGGUAGCUAAUGUGGGUUGUACUUAAACGAAGAUAAAAAGACUAAUAGUAGUGUGUGAGUAUUAAAUAUAUGGGAUGUAAUGGCGCAGUGUCUUAUGGAGAUGCCUUCGCAACGAUUAGUAUUAACUAUUUGUUUUGUAUAGCGAGCCACUUGGUCUGAUGUGCCUUACGAAAAUAUUUUGUGCCUUGACACAUAACGUAGUUCGCAGAAUAAGAAAAUAUGUUUUCUUACACCUACUUUGUGUGAUUUUGAAUUGAUACGUAAUAUUGAAACUCAUUCCACAAUGUAAUAAUACACCAUUUUGGGUACCGACAGAGGGCAGUAAAGUAACGUUAUGAGAAUGGGAGUGUAUAUAGAGUAGACCAAGUGCCCGCCUAGCAUUUACUAGUGCGCAUCGCACCCUGUACAGUGUUGUGUAAAUAUAGCUGGUAGGUAACAUUGCAUAGGUCUAAAUACAUGUUAAGUUACAAAUAAAACAUUAAUGGACAUAGA